UUUAUCAAGAUUAAUCUUAUAAUAGGUAGUGAUGACUGAAAUAAUAGCUGAAUCAGUAUGAAAUCGACUCAUUCUAACUUAUAUAUAGGGUUUAUGUUUUUCAUAUUCUUGUGUUUGGUAAACCCUACAAUCAGUUCGAAUUGCACAACUCUAAAACAAAUUCACUUGGUAUUCAGACAUGGAGAAAGAAGUCCUUCACUUGUCUACCCAAAUGAUCCAAAUAAAUCGUUUUGGACGGAUGAACUGGGAUACCUCACGAAGAAAGGAAAACUACAAAUGUAUAACUUAGGACAGCGAAUGAGGAAAAAAUACUCUUGCUUUCUAUCGAAUUAUUCCACUGCGACUGAUAUCAAGGUGUUAAGUAGCUAUUCUGACAGAUGUUUGAUGAGUGCUCAACUUUUUAACAGUGGAUUUCUUGUUCCGGAAAACGAACAGAUUUGGAACCAGGAGUUAUUAUGGCAACCAGUUCCAAUAAGCUACAAGCCUAGAAAUGAAGACAAUCUGAUAGCCACAAAGCAGAAAUGUAAAAAAUUCGACGAUCUUUAUGUGCAACUUUUCUCAACGCCGAAGUAUAAAAAAAUAUUAGAAGACAAUUCUGAUCUAUUCAAAUAUCUAACAGAGCAGACGGGUAUGGAAAUUGACACAAUGAGAAAAGUGGAAGAGCUCUACAAUACAUUAGAAAUUGAACAAUUACAAAAUUUAAAUUUGCCAACAUGGACAGAGAAAGUUUUUCCAUCUUCAAUGAAGCCAAUCGCUGAGCUUUCAUUGGCGUCUUUCACAGAUACUGAUUUCAUGAAAAGGAUGAAAGGAGGUCCAUUCGUAAAGAAAGUAUUGGAAGAAAUGAAGAAAAAAUCGGCGAAUGAAAAUAUUCCAAAAUUGAACAUUUAUUCUGGUCAUGAUAUUACUUUGGUCAAUAUUCUUCGUACACUCGGUUUCUCUGACAAAUUAAAACCUAAUUUUGCAGCUUAUUUAAUUUUUGAACUUCAUCUUACUCCAAACCCAGAAAUAAAGAUCUUUUACAAUGAUUGUGGAUGGUGCAAAGAAGAAGAACUGAAGUUGAGAAAUGAUGAGAUUUCUUGCUCAAUUGAAGAAUUCGAACAGCAGUUGAAGCCAUUGAUACCUGAAGAUUGGCAGAAAGAAUGUGAAUAAGAAAAACCUGAAAAGCUAUAGUUUACAGAAUAUUUUAUUGAAUGAUUAAUUAUCACUUGAAAAAUUCAUUAAAGCGGCUUUGGGAAUAAUGAAAUAAUGUAAAAUCAAAUAAACACUACAAAUAAUUUCA